AUGCUCUUCACUACAAGAUUAGGGAUGAGGUUAAAGAGACUCUUUUGCAAGCUUCAUAUCAACAAGCGAGUGAAAACAGUCUUGGUGGCAUUCAUUACCUGUUGCAUUGUAAUAAUACUCUGCACUGUGAAUUCAUAUCAUAACUCAAUGGACGGUUCAUCUACUUUGUUUGAUAUCAGCAGUUGGUUUUUGAAUGCCGACAGUCUCAAAAUAGAUACUGUGAAAUUUGGAGACUAUGCAACCAUUUUUGAAUCUUUAGCCAAGAGUAAACCACAGACAAGGCCCUUGGUCCAAUAUAAGAAGGAAAAUCCAAAGAUUCAAAGAUUCCAAGAUGACAAUGAAAAGUUUACCAUUGAAUAUCUAAGUAGCUUGUUAAAGGUUAGUGAGCACGCUAAAUCUAAACUGAAGGAAUCUUAUCACAAGUAUAUGGGGUUGUUAGGAAAACGCAAGUUGCCAAUUUAUGGAAGCUUCCACGAUGGAGAAAUUAAGGGGAAAGGAAUUGUCAUGGUCGGUGGGGGCAAAUUUUCAUGGCUUGCACUUUUGAAUAUACACCAACUAAGGAAAGUUGGGUCUAAUUUACCAGUAGAAGUCUACAUCCCAGUCAAGCGGGAUUACGAUGAAACUUUUUGUUCUGAAAUAUUAACUGACUUGAAUGCCAGAUGUGUUUUGGGUUACGAGGAUUUACCGUUGUCUGAGGUUAAAAGCUAUUUUAGGCAUAAUAGAUUUCAACAUAAGUCAAUGGCUAUCUUGGCAUCUAAAUUUGAAGAUAUCUUAUUGUUGGAUGCUGAUAACGUUGUAACUCAGGCUCCAGAUGGACUAUUUAAUUGGGAUACAUACAAAGAAUUUCAACUUGUUCUUUGGCCAGACUGUUGGGUGAGAACUACAAAUCCAUUCAUAUAUGAAUUGUUUGGUAUUAAAUUGGGAGAGCCUCCUCAAAAUGCACUUUAUGAUCUACAUCAAUUACCUGGAGCUAUUCCUAAUCCAUCUACUGAAUCUGGAAUGAUGCUAAUCAAUAAGAAAACACAUGCAAAUACGAUGCUAUUGGCAUUAUAUAUGAAUAUGUAUGGUCUUGAUUAUUUUUAUCCUUUGAUCACACAGGGUGGUGCUGGUGAGGGGGAUAAGGAUACCUAUAUAACUGCCGCAUUUGCAUUGAAUCAGCCUGUUUAUCAAGUUCAGUACGGUGUUAAUUUUGUUGGCUCUUUCGACUAUGAUGGCGCUUUUACGUCUGGUGGACUGGGCCAGUGUAAUCCAAUGGAUAAAAUUGAGAGAUACAUUCAUGACAGACAUAUUACCACAGAAAAAUGUCCUGAUUAUAUGUUCAUUCAUAUGAAUCAUCCAAAGUAUUAUCCAGAUGAAAUUGCAGACAACUUCAUUACCAAUAAGGGCAGGUAUUUUCUUGAGUUUGAAAACAUAAACCUUAAAGAUGACUAUGAUUUUGAGCUGCAAAUUUGGGAAAUUUUAACCCAACUACUAUGUGACGGCCGUCGGCCUAAUGAUGAACAACCUCACAAUCCGGCAUCGAACCCGCUUGAUCCGAAGUAUCUUCUUUCAGCAAGAGGCAUGAGGUAUAUUAAGUCUUUGAAAAUGGACAAAAUCUGUAAGUCUAAGAUUCUCCCUCGUUUACAAUUCCUGAGAGGACAAUUCAAAGUAAAAGAGGAAAAGAAGAAUAACAAAGGACAAUGA